UUCUCUUGUGGUUGUGAGAUCUGUCAUUGACUCAUUGUUUGUCAAGAGCGUUUUAUUUAUUUUCUAUUUUGUAUUGUCCUGCGAAAUAUAAUCCCGUUUUUAAUAUAAUCCUUUUGGAAUAUUGAGUGUUUUCUUUUUAUUUAUUAGUUGAGACGGACAAUUUAGUGUUUUUAAGACAGCUUGCAUUCACAGUGCAUCAAGGAGAAAUCGUGAAUUCACACAUUGAUUCCCACUUUGUGCGCUUAUUUGUGUAGAAUUAGUUCAUGAAGAUUAUCAUCAUUCAACAUGGCAUCGACUACAGUUAUUGAAACUGUGACUAUAACAAGACCACUAAAGGUGAUCGCGUUAAUAUGCGGGUUAUUGGUGGUAAUACUGAUGGUGUUGGGGCUGGCGUCGGCGGACUGGCUGAUGGCGGCCGGCUGGCGGCAGGGGCUCUUCAUGCACUGUAUAGACCCCGAGGCCCCCACGCCGCUGCCCUUCGAUAUCACUGCUCAACCCGGCUGCUAUGCCGCUAGGCCCGCACCUUAUAUUAAGGCGGCGGCUGGUCUGUGCGUGGCGACGCUGGCGGCGGACGUGUGCGGCGCGCUGCUGACGGGGCUCGGUCUGCGCUCCGCUGACCACCGCACCAAGUUCCGUUACUACCGGUUCGCAGUGCUCGCCAUGUCGCUAGCCCUAAUGUGCAUUUUAAUAGCACUCGUCAUCUACCCAGUUUGCUUCGCAGCUGAGUUAAACCUGGGUAAUAGGUCAGUAUGGGAGUUUGGUUGGGCAUACGGCGUAGGUUGGGGCGCAGCUAUCUUUCUGUUCGGCGCUGUGGUGUUGCUGCUGUGUGACAAGGAGAGCGAGGAGCUCUACUACAAGGAGCGAAAAGUGGUGAGUGCGGAGGGCGGGGCGCGCCCCUAGGGCCGCUCGCGCCUGCCCGACCUGGUGCCGUGAGGCGCCGGCGCUGGCGCGGGCUAGCGCGCCGCGCGCCCCCCGCGCCCCCGCGCCCCUCGUGCGCGCCCGCUGGAUCUAAAGCCCCGCGCGCCCUGACGCGCCCCUAGCGCCGCCUAGCUGCCGCGGCCCCACGUGCUCCGCUUUAAACCCGUCUUAGUUCCCGUGUCAGUGUAUGAUGUACCGCUGUCUGUCGAUAGCUUCAUCUACCCUCGGCACUGGAACAAUCAUGGUCCUAGAACUUCAGUAUACAACCUACGUUAUGCGACUACUAAGACAGGACUAAGAGCGAUCUAUUUCAUCAUAUCGAUAUUUUAUCUAGCACGUCAAUGCCAAUUUCUGACACACAAUAAAAUUGACAGAAUCAUUAUCGACGAUCGGUUUUUCUACUGUCUUCAUAGCCGCCGUAACGUUUGCGAUGUGUGUACUGAGUACAGGCGGCCCGCGGUGGGGACUGCGGCGAGCGACCUGUUGAUGCAUUUUGGACAUUUCGCAACAUUAGCGACGGUCCGGUUGUUUUGUUGUUCGAAAAUAUCAUAGUACUUGGGCUGAACUAAAUUAUAAUUAUAGUAUCUCGAUAAAUGCGAGUCGUACUGAAAUUUACUAUAAUGUUAAAUGUAUGUGCAAAAAUAUUAGGACGUACCUAUAGUUUUGGCUGUAUCCAGUGUAAGUGCUAUGAUUCUUUUGGUAGAUAUGAAUUUGAUUUAAGUUAGGUUUAUGAUUUUGCAAGACCCUUACCUCGGUAAUGUAUUAUUUUAUAUUAAUUUACAUUCUCUUAUUAUUAUUAUUUCAUUAGGAAAUCUCAACGCUAAAUCGAGUAGUGUGACUUGAAGUUGAAUCUCCCUUAAAGAUCUUAUAUCGCCUGUAAAUGUGAAAUCUUGUGAUUUUAUUAGUUAAGUAGAAUCGGGUGAUACUAUGCUUUACCAGCUGGCGCCUCGCACUCGCGAAGAGCGGAACACAUUUAGAUAUCUGUGUACUGGCGUACCUCAAAUACUAACAAUCCGUUCCAAAGAGCGUUACUAUUAUUUAUUCGCUUUAAUUUAUUUGUGUGUUAUUUGUGGGUGUAAAUAUCGGUUAGACUAUGUUGUACGGCUUCUGUUGCAUCCGGGGGGCGCGCGUGAGGCGCGGGAGAGGCGGGCGGGCGCGGGUCGGCGCGGGUCGGCGCGAGUCCAGCGCGGGGGGGGGGGCAGGCAGGCGGCUAGCCGCCGGGCAGGCGACACACUCCGCACACCGCCAGCAGCUGUGCUAGUGUAGUGCACGAUACUGUGACACAAGUGACUGUGCGACACUGACCACUGACCAGUGACGUCAGCGACCGAGUGCGGACUGUCGGCACUCGAGUCCUACCGACCACGAGAUUAUCGGGCUAUGACUACUGAGAUAUUUAAAGGAAUUAAAUAAGUAUAUGUUUUGAUUAAAGUUACCCCUUAGUAUGAUAUACUUCAUAUUAUUGAAAAACUAUUUUAUUAAUAAUUAUAUUCAACAUAGUUAUGAUGUCUGUCUAUGUACACAGAUUAAUUGUAUUCGAGAAUAAAUUUGAUUUGAUUAGUCACGUUCUAGAAUCUCGUAUUGAUUUUUCUAUUUUGUGAAUCUCAUAAAGAUUUGGAAUUGAAAAUUAUUUCAAAGUUAUAUUUUCUUAAUAUUUAUGUAAACUUAAAGAACAAUUGAUUUAUAAACAUCGUAAUCAUUAAUAGUGAUAGAAUGUGUAAUUGUAAUAUUUGUGGAUGUUGUUUCAAUGACAUCUGUUGUGUUGAUCUGAAACUGUGAAAUUAUACCUAGCAUUGUUUAUUAUUAUUAAUUAUUCUUGGUCACGGCUUUAAUUUGUGUAACACAUUAUGAUUGAACAUUUGUAUUGAAUAUUUUUUCAAUAGAAACACAGUUCAUCUGUGCUGGUUCAUGUAUUUUAAACCUCGUAUAUUGGAAGUUAUGAUUUGAUAUGCUUAUAUUAACUCUACCUGUUAAUUGUGAUAUUGUGGCAGCUAUUUGUACUCGCUGAUAAUGAACGAUUGGAGCUUCGCAGAACGCGGGCCGUGUAUUGUGAGCUAUUCCGCUUGCACGCUGGCGUCAUAUCAAGUUGUAAUUACGUAUGCACAGCUUCAAUCGGUUAAUUUUGUUUGUAAAUUGUAUCAAUCAAAUCUCUAUUGCUUCAUUUUAAAACACUAACUCGUCCUUAGUCAUUACAUUUAAGUUGCAAACAAAUAAUUCAUGUGAAGAUGACUACAUUAAUUACUUUUGUUAUCCAUCUCAUAUAAACAUUAUUUUCUAUAAUUCAUUUCCCAAUGUCUGUAUGAACUAAGCUUUACUUUAGAUUUAUUUUUGAUAUUUAUUUAAGUACAAGGCUAAAUUAGGUUUAAGUUUUUGAUGUAAGGGCAACUGGUGUUGCCAUCAUUAGUCCUAUAAAUAAAAAUAAAUCACACUGCCAUGUAUCUAACUUACAUUUUCUUUGUAAGACAUUUAAUUUAAUGUAGUCGUAUUGAAUAACAUUAAAUUAUUGAAUUUUCCUAAUGUUAGUAUUUUACAUAGUAAUGAUAACCUCGUAAUUGAUAUUGAACGAUAGCUACUUAAUUUUAUGCACCUCAAACGGUACUUGGACACUCCUAACUCGAACUAACGUACAAAUGCAUCCAUAUUACCCGCAUCAUGUGUUUUAAGAGGGACUUUUUACACUCUACUAAUAUUAUACCAAUAACUUAUUUAUAAAAUCCGCGACUAGCAGUUGUCCAAGUACAUCCGUAUAAAUUUAUAUUUCCCUAGCCAAAUUAUGGGUCAUAUCAAAUGAGAUUGAAUAAAGUAACUAGUAAAA